ACCUCGUCGCCGUCUCUGAACUAAUCAGACAGCUUCCUCUUUCAUUUUCCCAGCGCAGUCAACACGCGAAGGACCACAAGAGCACGCAGACACCAAAAGAAAGGCGAGGAAGAAAAGCGAGACCAGGGAAGAGACUUCUCCUUCUCGGUCUCUUCGCUCUUCCUACAUUUGGGUCCAAGAAUCUCUGAUUUUCUUGAAAAUUUUCCUCUGAUUCUUCGCCUCCUUCCUGUUCGGUCCGGAGCUUCUGCAGGGUCUGAGCCGAAGUAGGCCGCGGCGGCGAUGGAGAAUGAAUACGAGAUCUCUUCGUCCUCCCUGAGCUUCGUGUCCUUUCCCGCUGGCGACACGAACUUGUCGGGCCCCGAGAUCGAGGCCAACCCUGACUACCUGAGCCUCAGCAUGCUCAGCUCGAGCCUCGAGAAGCUCCGCCUCGACCCCGGGCUUGGCUACGCCGAUGCUGAGAUCGUAGUUGAUGGGGUCCCCGUUGGGGUCCACCGCUGCCUGUUGGCGGUCCGGAGCGAGUAUUUCCAGGGCCUCUUUAGUAAGCCCUGCAAUGAUAGCCAGGGCAAUGGUAGUAAUGAUAAGCCGAGGUACCACAUGGCCGAGUUGAUGGCCCCAACUCGGGGCUACGUGGGGAUCGAGGCCUUCAAUGUAGUAUUGAAUUACCUGUACACGGCGAAGAUGAAGCCGUCCCCCCCUGAGGUCUCGACGUGCGUCAAUGAUCAGUGCGACCAUGAUGCCUGUCGUCCCACAAUUGACUACGCCGUCGAGCUGAUGUACGCCUCCUCGACUUUCCAGAUCCAAGAGCUUGUGUUGCUUCUUCAGCGCCGCCUUCUCUACUUUGUCGAUAAAGCUCUCAUUGAAGAUGUGAUCCCAAUUCUGGUUGCUUCCUUCCGCUGCAACUCAAAGCAGCUUCUUUCUCACUGCAUCCAACGUGUUUCGAUGUCGGAUCUCGACAGCGUAGUUCUGGAGAAGGAGAUACCUCCUGAGGUCUUGCCCGAGAUAAAAAGUCUGCGCAACGAAUCUAACCAAGGCUCUGGAUCCGCAUUGCCCCAAGAAGACCUCACUGAUCAUCAGAAAGGAAUUCAGAGGAUCCACAAAGCGAUUGACUCCGAUGAUGUGGAACUGCUAGAACUCCUCCUGAAAGAAUCUAGAGUCACGUUGAAUGAUGCCUUUGCUCUCCACUAUGCCACUGCUUACUCCGACCCGAAGGUUGUCAAGAAGGUUCUUGACCUCAAAUUGGCCGAUCUCAACCUCAAGAACUCUCGGGGACUCACAGUUCUCCACGUGGCUGCAAGGAGGAAGGUGCCUUCGAUCCUUGGGGCCCUGCUUGAGAAUGGGGCCUGUGCAUUAGAAACCACACCAGAUGGACAGACGGCUCUGUGCAUAUGCCGGAAACUGACGAGACCAAAGGAUUAUGAGGAUAUACAAAAGGGAAAAGAGUCUAAUAAGGAUCAAGUUUGCAUUGAUCUCCUCGAGAGAGGAAUGAAGAAUGUUUCAGCCUCAGGGAGACGAUUGGUCCGGUCGGAGGUUACAGCUGCUGACCUUCAUAUGCUGGGGUACUUCGAAAGCAGAGUGAAAAUGGCAGCUAUGCUGUUUCCUGCUGAAGCAAGGACCGCAAUGGAGAUGGCCGAGGCAGAUUGGACCCCGCUUUACAAAGGUUUAGCAUUGAAGGGCUCGUGGGGGACCGGAAAUUCUAAUGAAACAGCGUGCAUGUCUGCCGAGAGACUCCAACAGAAACUGCAAGCCCUCCGCAAAACCGUGGAGAUGGGCGAGCGCUACUUCCCCAAUUGCUCGGAGGAGAUCGUGAAGUUUAUUGAUGAUAUGCCCGAUGCCAUGUACCUCGAGAAGGGCACAGAGGAGGAGAAGGAGUCCAAGAAAAGGCGGUACAUGGAGCUCCGGGAUGACAUCCAGAGGGCAUUCUAUAAGGACAUCGCCGAGACCAACGUGCCUGCCUCCUCUUCGUUGUCCCAAGCCUCCUCUUCCUCCUCGUCCUCGUCUCCCAGGAACAGGAUAAGGAACCGGAUCAAAUUGAAGGUAUAGACCAAGACUUCUCAUUCAGAUCGAUCGAGUGACCAGGUUUAUGCUAACAAUGGACUAUCCUCGAUCGGAAGUAACACGAUGGAAUGUAUGUUGCAAUGAUGCAGGAUUUAGAUGUCUAUAUUGGUUCAGGAAUAAUUGUGUGUGAGGUUUGAUUUUUCUGUUUCUUUCUCCUUCUCUUUGAACAUUUUUAUUUUUCCUGUGUAUUCUUCUGGUAUUCCCAGGAAUUGAGCUUGGCGCAUGGUGUGUGAAUUUAUCUUUGGUUCCCACUCGA